AUGAUAGAUGGAACGCCUAUUAGAGAGCUACCAGAUCUUCCACCUUCACUACACUCUCUAACAGCGUGUGAUUAUGCAUCACUAGAAACGAUAUCAAUCGUCAAUUUAAGCCAAUCUUUGAUUGAUUUGAAUUUUUCAAAUUGCUUCAAAUUGGAUCAGAGAUCACUGUCAGCAGAUAUGCAUUUGAAAAUUCAGUCUGCAAAGAUCAAGAAUUGGGGAAUUCAAAUGUUUUUGCCGGAGAUUGAAAUUCCAGAAAGGAUGGAAGAUAAAGGAGUGAAGUCUUCAGUAACCAUACAGUUUCCCUCAAACUGUCAACAGCUCAAGGGACUUGGUUUCUGCCUCGUCUUUUCACUCCCUCUAAAUAUUCUCUCAGAUCAUUUCUUUCACCCUUUUAUCGAUGAAGAUCCAGUUGCCGUAUAUAUUGGUUGCCAUGUCCAAAGUAAAAACGAUGAGCAUAAUGAUGUCAUUUUCAUAACGCAAGGAAUUACGUUAAAAAAGCCAUAUGACUCUGAUCACAUGUUCUUAAAGUACCAGCCCAUAGUAUGUGAAAAUCCAUUGAUUCAAUACCCUAGCAAUAAAGUUACAUUUGAAUUCUUGCCAAUAGUGGAAUCUUACUAUUCGAUGAGGACAAAACAGCAGCUGGGUGAGAUCCAAAAGUUUUGCAAGUUCAAAAGGUGUUAG